AUGUCUCAAUUGAGCAUUAAUUCCCCCAUUACCCGCACCGCGACCUCUACAUACACGGGUGCGACGGUAUCUCUUCCUAUCCAAAAGCCCGAUGGUCAAGGUGGUGUUGCAGUCAUCAAGGAAGGCUGGGCUUCGGUUAAGGAGGGAAAGAACUUCAUUCAACCAUGGAAGCAAAAGUUCUUGAUCCUGCGAAAGGAGCAGCUCGACUUUCACAAGACCGAUGGUGGUAAGAUCUCUUACUCAAUCGUCCUCAAGGAUGUUUUGGGCGUUUCUCGAGUCGAGGCUGCUGGUACGAUCUUCGAGAUCAAGCGUGCGCUGAACGGCCAAUCCACGAACCCCGGUGAUGAUGAUGGACUCUCCAGGACUCUGCAAAUCAAGGUCAAGGGUGACGACGAUCUGUAUGAGUGGAUUGACUUCAUCUAUGCGCGCUGUCCUGGCAUGGGCGGUGUCAGCAACCCUACCAACUUCAGCCAUUCGGUUCACGUUGGUUUCGAUCCCAACACUGGUGAAUUCGUUGGUCUUCCCCCGGAGUGGUCCAAGCUUCUCAACUCGUCCGCCAUUACCAAGGAGGACUAUGAGCGCAACCCGCAAGCCGUCUUUGAGGUACUGGAGUUUUACUCUGAUAUCACUAAGCGAGCCCAGAACGCCAACCAAUACCCAAGCUUAACCCCGACACCACCAGUCUCGGCCAAUUCCAACAAGCAACUUGGUUAUGGCAUGAGUGGCGUCAAUGUUGCUCCUCCUCGUCCAAUUCAACAAACUCAACGCAACAAUAGUUUCCCCACUCCGCCAGGUUCUAGCAGCUCAAGCAAUGCUCCGCGCCGCCCGACUCCCCCGGAGAGCCAGCAGCAACGACAGCAGAUGCAGGCAAUGGCUUCGAACUACGUUGACCCGCAAUUACGUGAGGAGCAACGCCAGAAGCAACUUGAGGCUCAGCGCCAACGUGACCGAGAGAUGGAGGAGCAAAACCGUCGGGAUAUGGAGGCUUAUAAUGCUUCUCUUCCAAAGACUCGGCCCACUAUCGCUCAGCAGGAGGUUGGUGGAUUCGGCGGUGGUGCGACCACUGAUCGGUAUAACCCUUCGAGAGCUCCCCCACCUGCCCCACGCGCCGCACCUCAACCCCAAGCAGCACCGUCCCUCCGAACCCAACGACAAGCUCCAUCUGCACCAACCCCCAGCAAUGGCGCCCGUCCUCCCAUGGCCACUCAGCAGAGUUCCUCUAUUCCUCAACAGAAUGGAGGAUCCCGCUCACCUGCCCGUACUGAGCAAAGCACUCAGCGUGCCCAAGAGCCUCGUUACCAAAAUGGUCCUAAUGGUGUUCAGACUUCUGCUCCCCGUGCUGCCACCAACGGUCAAGCUAACCCGCCUCCUUCUCGUCUUCCAGCACCAGUUAACCAAAUUAAGCCUCUCAAUGUUGCAAACAAGCAACCUGCGGGCAACAAUGGCAUCCAACAAAAUGAUGCUGUUAAGGCCGCUGAGGCUGCGUUGACUGCCAAGCCACCUGCUGAGCGUAAGCAAGAUGUUCGUAUGUCCACGAUGUCUGAGAACGAGGUCAUGGCCAAGUUGAAAGAGGCUGUUUCCAAGGAUGAUCCGAACAUGUCCUACUCCAAGCAAAAGAAGAUUGGCCAGGGUGCGUCUGGUUCCGUCUAUGUUGCGAAGGUCAAGGAGAACCCAUUGUCGCCAAUUGCUCGUGAGGUUAUUCGUCAACAAGGCAGCAAGGCCCAAGUUGCUAUCAAGCAGAUGGACUUGGCGCACCAACCACGGAAGGAGUUGAUCGUCAACGAGAUCAUGGUCAUGAAGGACAGCAAGCACCGCAACAUCGUCAACUUCCUUGACGCGUUCUUGCGCAACAACUCUUCGGAGCUUUGGGUCGUCAUGGAGUAUAUGGAGGGAGGCGCCUUGACCGACGUCAUUGACAACAACCCAACCAUCACCGAGGACCAAAUCUCCACGAUCUGUCUUGAGACUUGCCGUGGGCUUGAGCAUUUGCACAACCAAUCCAUCAUCCACCGUGACAUCAAGAGUGACAACGUUCUGCUCGAUGCUCGUGGUAACGUCAAGAUCACCGACUUCGGUUUCUGCGCUAAGCUCACCGAGUCCAAGUCUAAGCGCGCCACCAUGGUCGGUACCCCUUACUGGAUGGCUCCCGAGGUCGUCAAGCAAAAGGAGUAUGGCCCGAAGGUUGAUAUCUGGUCCUUGGGCAUCAUGGCAAUUGAGAUGAUCGAGUCCGAGCCUCCCUACCUCAACGAGGAGCCUUUGAAGGCCUUGUACCUGAUCGCCACGAACGGUACUCCGCGCCUCAAGAAGCCUGAGAAGUUGAGCAAGGAGUUGAAGGCUUUCUUGUCCGUUUGCCUCUGCGUCGACAUCCGAAGCAGAGCCUCGGCCGCCGAACUUCUUCAACAUGACUUCUUGAAGCACGGCUGCUCUCUCCAGAGCUUGGCCGACCUUCUCGCUUUCCGUCGAAACGCCAAGUAA